AAAACCAGAUACCGAGAUUGAACACGCAUGAUUUCGUGUUUAAGCGCUGGGCAGGUUUAUUUUGGCACUGCUCCUGCAACUGGUUAGGUCAUUUUUACGGAAGAUGUCUUUGAAGCAGGUUUUUCUGAUUGUAAUUGCGGUUGCGAGUUUGAAUGCCGCACCCAUUGCGGACAGUUCCUCGGCAACCAUUAUUCACCAGGAGUAUAUUACUACUAAUGAUGGCUACAGAUUUGAGUAUGAAACAAGUGAUGGCCAGACGAGACGAGAGGAAGGAAAGCUGAUAACGGAUGCCGAUGGGACGCAAUAUAUGAAAGUAGCAAGUUCAGCUACAUUGGCCCCGAUGGAGAAACCCAAUACGGCAGCUAUGGAGCUGAUAAGGAUGGCUAUCAUUUUACGCCCACUGAGCCAUCUGUAGGCAUUCCAAACAGUGCGCUUAUAUCUUUAGUGGGUUAGAAGUUUAUCAGAGAUAUUUUAAAAUUAUCGCAAAUGAGUUUCAUGAAUUUGAUACAGCAACAACAAAUUACAACGAGGUGUUUCUACGGAAUGACCCGAACCGAACUAUUUUUAUUCACUUCAAAAUGUAGAAACACAUACGGAUUACCGUUUUGUCUCAAAUUCCAAACAGACUUAUAUUUUGGACACUCGAUUUCAUAUGGAGAUUUUGCUGAAAUGUUUCAUUGAAACAUGUUUUUAAUUUCGUAGGAAAUUUUUACGGGACUCAAGUCAAAACGGUAGUUUCACAUUAGAAAAACGUCUUGCUGUGCUUAUAUAUGUUUAAAUCAGUCUAGAAUUGAAAAUGAUAUUUUUCCUGGAAUAAAAACUGCUAUAUUGGUUGCAAA